UAAACUCUAUUCUAUAUGUCCCAAUAUAUGGGAGAGUUCUCUUCUACCACUCCCAGUGUUUCUAUUUCUUUUCAUUCUUCUUAUCAAGCACUUUUCACUCACUUUUCAAUUCUUAGCUGUCUCCUAAGGUGGUAUUCUUCAACUUGCACCAUUUCUUUUUCAUCCAUCAUAUCUUCCAUCAAUCUUGCUUGUAUUAUAAAUUAAAAAAAUCCCCUUUUUUUUUCAUUGUCUCUUUGAAUUGCAAACAUGUUACUUAGAAGUUCUUCAGCACCAAUUCUAACUUCCUUGCUACCAUACUCUAUGGAGUCUUCCACCGAGCCGGCCGAACUGGUUGUCCAUCUCCCUAGGGCAACAUCGGUUUUUUGUCUAAGCCAACACUUGGUGGAGACAGAACUCCAUAGUAACACACCAAGUCCUAAGAAAAAAUGUUCUGUCCCACCAUCGCCACGUAGUAAAGUUCUAAGAACUCAACAUAGUACAAAGAUCAAAGAAAUAGACGAAGCAAAAGAUCCGGAACAAAAGAUGUGCAUGGAAGCUAAAUCUUCGGUUCAAGGAUUGUUUUCAAGCUCCGGAUUAGAUAAUAAGGUAGUCCUUAAUCAUGAAGGGUGCGCCGGGGCCGGCGAGGGGAAGCAAGAGAGUCUUAAAUUGCAAACUUUAGUGAUGGAUGGUGGUAUGGGAAGUAAUGGUAGUGGAAGAGUAGGCUAUGGUGAUGGAGGAGGAUGGGAAUUCUUUGAAGGAAAUAAUAGUAAUAAUGGUGGGGAUAGAACUGAUGCUUAUUAUCAACAAAUGAUUGAAGCUAACCCCAAUGAUUCUCUUCUGUUGGGAAAUUAUGCUAAGUUUUUGAAAGAGGUUCGUGGAGAUUACCCUAGAGCAAAGGAGUUUUUUGAAAGAGCAAUUUUGGCUACUCCUGGUGAUGGUCAUAUUUUAUCACUCUAUGCAGAAACUAUUUAUGUCAUGGCUUCAUAUGCGAAGUUCCUCUGGGAGGCUGAAGACGAAGACGAUGACGAUGACGGCCGGAAUGAGUUGGACAACCAUACACAUUCACCGGAUCUCUUUCAAGGAACUAAACAUCACACUCAUUUAACUGCAGCCUCAUAA